CUCGUGGCUUGUUUUUUUGUGUUUUUCUUUGACACUUUUUAUUUAAAUACUAAAAUGUUUAGUGAACAAUAUGAAAAUUAAAGUUUACAACGGAUUUCGAUACACAAGCUCAAAAAUUUUGGGACAACAUUAUUUUUCGAAUUGUCCCGAUCCCGUUUGUCCCGUCUCGAAAAAUUUUCGGGACAGUCCCGUUUGUCCCGCGGGACGAAACAAACGGGAUUUUUCGGGAUUCGGGACUGUCCCGCAGGACUCUAGUUUCAAUUGAUCAACUAUAUAUUUUUCUUGUUGCGGCACGUAAGGAAGAAAAGGAAAAAGAGAAAAGUAGUUGAAUGUGUUACUUCUAAUACAAGAAAUUGUCGAUGAAAUCUUCUUAACUAUCAUUGUUAUUAUGAACAACAAAAAUGUCAUUUAUUAUUAUUUAUAGAUCAUCGAACAUAAUGGAUAAAGUUAGUAAAAACUGGGAUCCUCCAUUAAUAGUCGAUGAUCAACAACAGGAAUCAUCAAUGAUGACAACAUCGAGUCAAAUUUUAAAUGAUUAA